AUGCCACGUGGAUUUUUAGUGAAACGGAGUAAACGAGGCUCACCAGCAUCAUACAAGGUGCGCGUUGAGGAAAAAGAGCUGCGCAAAGUGGACCAGUCUCCACAAACUCCAGAUGGACCCACAUGUGUCCUAGUUGAAUGUCCAGAUUUGGUGGAAUCAGAACCUAUUAGAGAAGCAUGGACAGCUGGUAUAACCUCCAAAUAUAUCCAGCCACGUAUACAAGAGGACAGUGGAGUUGUUGGCGAGAGCAGCGAUUACGCACAGAGCUACUUCAACCAGCCAGAUCAGAGCGCGUCAUUUCCCGACUGCUACAGCCCGAUCAAACCGGUCAGCCUCGAGCUCAAGCAGUCGUUUCUGGACCGGUGUCUGAGCUCACCCACCACGGCCGAGUCCUUUCCACUGCACCCCCCGGUGACCUCCGUCGAGCGUCUCCAUAUGAACCACGCAGACAUGAAGUUUGGCACGCCAGUGUCCACUUCGUUGCCCACUUAUCCGUCUUUUCAUCAGUGCGUAAAGCGCGCAUUCAUGGAGUCCGAGCGCAAGACCAAACCGCCCGCGAAAAAGCCUAAAGUCUUCAGAAAACUCAACUUUGAAGACGAAGUCACCACCUCACCAGUCCUAGGACUUAAAAUCAAGAAGGAAAGCCCCGAAACCAAGCUGGCACCAUCAAGCCGAAAGAAGCCGUUGGGUGAGUUCAUAUGCCAGCUUUGUAAGGAAGAAUACCCUGACCCGUUUUCCUUGGCGCAGCACAAGUGCUCCAGGAUUGUGCGCGUUGAGUACCGCUGCCCGGAGUGCGAUAAAGUUUUCAGCUGCCCCGCCAACCUCGCUUCGCAUCGAAGAUGGCACAAACCUCGCAGUUUAAGCAGUGGAGAAGCGCCAAAUGGGAAGAAAUCACAACUAGAAGUGCGUAACCACGAGAAAGCAUCUGUGGAAGGGAAGGAGAACGCCAGUAAGGUCAGAGUAAACAAUAAGCACCAGCUCGGUCCGGACAGCUCCCAACAACACCAAUCAGCACCGGACAGCAACAUGAUGCACAGAGCAUCCCAAGACCCUCCUCCUCUGGAGCAAAGGUAUCCAUCCACUGAUAAGUGCUUUGAUCUGCACAGUGACAGCUCCAGGUUGUUUGAUCACUGUCCCGAAGAGCCCGAAAGGUCGACCACCCCCUAUCUACCCUCACCAGGCACUAAAGAAGUGUAUGAAUGCCACUACUGCAGCAAGAAGUUCAGAAGACAAGCCUACCUGAGAAAACACCUGGCUGCACAUGAGACGAUCAAAGUAUCCUCCUAUAAUAACCAUCAUAUAGAGACUGGGCAGAUCACCUUUCCAUGCCACCUGUGUGGAGUGCACUUCCCCUCGGCUGAUAUAAGGAACAAACACAGACUUUGGCAUAGUGUCAGAGACGAUUUGUUACUCAGACCAGAUCUGAGUCCAGGAGAACAACAGAUCUUCUCAUGCAAACACUGCCCGUCCACAUUCUUCAGUUCUCCAGGUUUGACCAGACACAUUAACAAGAGCCAUCCACCAGAGAAUAGACAGGUGAUGCUCCUACAGAUGGCUGUCAGACCGGGAUGCUGA